UGAGGAUGGGCUGUAAAGGUCUCUCUGUGUGCCUUAAGAUGCUCUUUGGGAGGGAGUUAAAACCUGCACCCUGUAGCCACCAAUUUCUGCUUGAUUGAGCUUUGCCCUCCUCAGUCAAGCACAACUACGACGUGAAAUUAAAUCCAUUUUUAGGGGAGCUCUUUCUCUCCUAAAAAUGCAAAAAAGGCAACCACUCAGCAGGCAGACCAAGUGUUCCAGCAAGGCUGAAAUCUCCAAUUUCCAGUGCAGAAAAGACCCCAAAGCCAAUGCAUGCAGGGAAGUGUGUUUGUCCUCCUGAGGAGCUUUUUGCAAGAGUCUCCCUCCAACCCCUGAGCGACAAAUCUGAUUUUUUUUUUUCCAUGCUGGAUUUUUUUUUUUUUUUGGCUGCCUCCAAAGUUAACUGUUUUGCCACUGGAGAAAUCCUCUUCUUUCUCUUUUAAAUAUCUGUAUUCUUGCUGGAAAUCAUCUCUACCUCACCCACAUGACUGGUCUUCACUAUUAAUCCCAGCUGAUGGCAGGGAGGGGCUCUAGUGGGAGGCAGCCAUGUGGUGAACAUUGAGCUCAGUGUUUUCCCCCUGCUUCUCUCCUCUCCAGACAGGCAGAAUUGUUCUGUGCUGCCGUGGAUGUGAAGUCCUUGCCGUGCUGCCUCUGCUUCUUCUCCCCCAGAAACUCCCAGGGCCCUGAAUUUGCAGCCUCAGAGAUUCCCCCCCCUCCAAAAAAAAAAAAAAAAAAAAGCUUUGCUGGAUCUGGAUGGAAGAUGGACCAGCGGGUGAAUAGCAGGAGGGAAGAAAGAGUGAAGUUGGUUAUUUUUGUGGCACAUGGAUGCAAUUACACUCGGUGCAUUCCAGAGGCGUUCCUUUGAAUCCUGUGCAGGUCUGUCUGCCGUCCUUGGGAGAGAGGAAGAAAAAGGGAGGAAAAGUCCCCGUGCUGGGAGACGGAAUGUCUGCACUUCCAAUCCUCUUGUUAGCUUGCUGUUCUGUUUGGCUCUGCGAGGCUCAGACUGAAUUCAAGAGAGUGGCUGAGGAAAACGUGACCCUGCCCUGCCACCACCGCCUGGGGCUGCUGGAGCAGGGCAGCCUGGACAUCGAGUGGCUGCUGCACAUCUCCGAGACCGUGCAGAAAGCGGUGAUCACCUACUCUGGAGGCCGUGUUUAUGAUGACCUGAACGAGGAGCAGAAGGGCCGUGUCUCCUUCACCUCCAACUUCCUUGCUGGAGAUGCAUCCUUACAAAUCAUCUCCCUGCAGUCCAGCGAUGCAGGGAAAUACAUCUGCAAGGUCAAGAACGCUGGGCAGUACGAGUGGGCUCGCAUCACCCUCAAGGUCGUAGAGAAACCCUCCAAGCCCAAGUGCUGGCUGGAGGGGGAGAUGCUGGAAGGGAAGGAGCUGUCCCUGCAGUGCCGCUCCGCCUCGGGCACUGCCCCCAUCUCCUACCGCUGGCAGCGCUUCAGCGAGGAGGACGAGAGAGCCGAGCACCUCCCGCCCGGCUCCAGAGUCAACAUCUCGAACCCCGGGCAGGUGCUGCUGAAGAACCUCACGCACACGAGCACGGGGCUGUACCAGUGCGUGGCCACCAACGAGGCGGGGCAGGAGAGCUGCUCGGUGCAGGUGACAGUGCAGCAUGCACAAAAUAUCGGCAUGAUCGCCGGGGCAGUGUGUGGAGUGGUGGUGGGGCUCUCCCUCCUUUUCCUGGUGGUGAGGCUGACAAUAAGGAGGAAAGAAAAGAAGAGAUACGAGGAAGAGGAGGCGCCGAAUGAAAUCAGGGAAGACGCAGAGGCACCCAAGGCGCACCUCGUCAAACCCAGCUCCUCAUCCUCCGGCUCCAGGAGCUCCCGCUCGGGUUCCUCCUCCACCAGAUCCACAGCCAACAGUGCCUCCCGCAGCCAGCGGACUUUGUCCACCGAAGCCACUCCUCACCUGACCCCUCCCCAGUACAACCAGCGGCAGCUGGACAGGAAAGAAGCGGAGCCGAAGAGAGUGGAUCCCAGCAGCGCGGGGAGGAUGGGAGCGGGGAUGGUGCCCGCGCAGAGCCGCGCGUUCCAGACCGUGUGAGCAUCCCCGGAGCGGCUCCUGCCCCGAGCAGCACUGC